AGCCAAUACUGGGUAAUUGAACUUUUGCCCCCAAUGCCCCGAGCCUGGAAGUUGUUCAUCGACAGUAUUCAUGUCAAAUCUCCCUCCAUGUCGUGACUCCGCGAAGGUUCCCAGUCCACAGAUUGAGCACACGAUCGACGUGAAAGUCAAGAAGGACGGGGCGACGAAGGAAGGAGUUUUUAUCGUCAUGUCUGUGGUCAUGACAAUGUUUGUCUUACUCAUCGCUGUGCUGGUUAGCCAAAUAUCAUCCUCGGCAACAGGUGCUGUGGCCAGUAAUGACAUUUCCGUGGAAAAUCUGAGGCAGUCUCUGGAAGGACCUUUCAGCGUCAACAGGCACCACCUAGCCAACCCCUCAGGAAAGGCAGCGGCGAGAACACACAUCAUAGAGACCUUCCAGCAAUACGGCCUGGAGGUCACAGUGCAAAAUUUCAGCUCGCCCGCCGGAAAUCCCAAUGGGAACGCUGGUGCUAAUAUCAUCGGCGUGAAGCGCGGGAAACUAAGUGGAACUUCAGACGACAGGAUCGUAGCUGUGGGAGCCCACUAUGACACCGUGGAUAGCACUCCAGGAGUCGAUGACGACGCAUCUGGGAUGGCGGCCAUGUUGGAAGUCGCAAGGGUGAUGACGUCAUAUAAGGAGCAGAAUUUCACCGCCAUAUUUGUGGCUUUUGACCACGAAGAAGCUGGAACCCCCGCGAGCGUUGUUAUCGGAACCCCUUGCGAAACUCCCAUGGGAUCAGACGACUUCGUCUGCUCCUGGCUUCUCCCGUUCAUCCAGUCUUCAGGAGGUCCAGAGUUCCAGGGGAUCUUCAUGUUGGAAACCAUCAUGAACUAUGACCCACAGCCGAACGUUCAAGCAUUUCCUCCAGCAUUCCCGUUGGUUUUCCCAAGUGUUCACCAGGAGAUGGUUUCCAUGAACUUGGCGGGUAGUUUCCUCCUCUUGAUCCAUAAGCCAGACGAGGCAGCAGUGGUGUCCACGUUUCAGCAGACGUGGGAAGAGAGAGAGAAAUAUUCCCUGAACGCCACCGCACUCAACAUCACUGUUCCAGUGACCGGUACGGUAAUUUGUAGACACCUGUCCAUUUUGUUAACUUGUAACGUUACACACAUGCUGGUUUUGAGUUGA